AUGUACAGCCUCUCGACCGCACAUAUGAGUAUAUCGCUCAGCCAGAACUUGAUAGGAUUCUUUGAGCAGGAUGCCGCACGCGGAGGAAUCACCAUCCUCAACGACCAGGGGAGUCCUCUUGUGUAUUCACAAAUCGCCAUCGAAAUAACGAAUUGUCUUCUUGGCGAUUCCAUAGUUAUUUGGCGCGCUUGGGUUCUAUGGGGUCGCAACUGGAAAAUAAUAUACCUCCCAUGUACUCUCAUUCUUGCUGGAGCAGGUUCAGGGGGCGUUCUUGUGCAUGCUUUCUCGCUUUCUCCUAGCGGACAAGAAGUCUACAGCAACUUGAUCAUUCGCUGGUUCGCAAUAUUCGCUGGCGUAACCUUCACGACAAACCUUUAUGUAGUUUGUGCGAUAAGCUACCGAAUAUGGAUACAUCGUCGGCAAAUGGCACAUCUCGGGGACACCGUCGUAAUUAGUGGUGGCAAGUACUUUAGUGCACUUUUUUUGCUCAUAGAAUCUGGUGCUGUGUAUUGCGUCGCGUUGCCUGGACGAGACGAUUCAUCUCAUAUAUCUACUAGACUACGUUCCUCUAGGCUGUACUCGCCCACCUUCGUCAUGUCCACACCCACCCAUUCUCUUGGUGCAUCUACACGUCUUGCAAAGCCCAGCGAGUACCCCAGCGCUAUCAGAGUCCUAACUCGAGCUUUUGCGCGAGAUCCUUGUAUGAACUGGUUCGGUGGCGUCGUAAAAAUGGUGCCCAGCUGCGAUUCCAAGGAUUCACACGCGACCAAGACCAUGAAAGCGCUGUACUCUUUCCAGGAGACGUUACUCCUGGCCACCGUUAUUUCCGGUGGGCACGUUGUCGUGGCCGUUGUUCCUAAUGACACAAAUGAUAUACUUCGCAUUGAUGGAGGGGAUGGAACGAUUGUGGGGGUUACUCUGUGGCUGAAGCCAGGACAGACAUUGGAUUUCGGGGUUUGGAAGAUUAUAAGAGCUCGGGCGUGGAAGGUACUAUUCGGGUGGGGUGUUGGAGGCUUGAAGAGAGUUCUAUUCGAUUUCUCGCCAGCUGUCGAACAUUCUUUGAACCUCGCAUUUGGCUCUCGGGGACUUGACAGGCGCGAUUCGUGGCAUUUAUUGGAGAUGGUGGUCGAUCCUCCUUUCGAAGGCAAAGGCAUCUCGUCACUUAUGAUGCAAGAUGGGUUUCAACGAACAUCUCCGAAGCCGAUACACCUUGAGGCGACGAAGGCAAGGACCCGGGAUAUUUACCAGCGGUUUGGGUUUGAGGUUGACAAUAAACACUAUUUUGGAGUUGGAUCUGUGGACUCGAAUGGGUUGCUCGUAAAGGGUGCUGCAGCUACUGGGUACCCUGAGUGGUUCAUGACCAAGUGGAAGUCGUAA